AUGAUGCCCCGUAAAGCUUUUCUUUCCCAGAAAGAAAAGCAGGCUCGUGCCAGGGAAAGGGAUAUGUUAAAAAAGAGGAGGAGGCGACAAGACUAUCUCAAACGAAGCGUGGAGCCACAGAAAAAUGCAGACACAAUUAAAUGGCACAGGGAUGAUGAGAAGAGGAGAGAAAAUGAGCAAGUUAAGGACAAAGAUAUCAAGAAGCGUUGGAGACAGGAUGAGAGAGAACGACGAAAGAAUGUGGACCCUAUGAAUUGGCACAGGGAAGAGGAGAAGAGGGAAAAUGAGCGAGAAACUAUGUUCCAACUUCCUGUCAACAACCUUGGCAGUUUAAGAAAGGCCCGGAAAACUGUGAAAAAAAUACUUAGUGACAUUGGUUUGGAAUACUGUAAAGAACAUAUAGAAGAUUUUAAGCAGUUUGAACCUAAUGACUUUUAUUUGAAAAACACUACAUGGGAGGAUGUGGGACUGUGGGACCCUUCGCUUACAAAAAACCAGGACUAUCGGACAAAGCCCUUUUGCUGCAGUGCAUGUCCAUUUUCCUCGAAGUUCUUUUCAGCGUACAAGAGCCACUUCCGGAAUGUUCACAGCGAAGACUUUGAGAACAGGAUCCUGCUCAACUGCCCCUACUGUACCUUCAAUGCGGACAAAAAGACUUUGGAAACGCACAUUAAAAUAUUCCACGCGCCCAACGCCAAUACACCGAGUGGAGGCAUCAGCACUUUCAAAGAUAAAAACAAACACGAGAGCCUUAAACCCAAGCAGGCUGACAGUGUAGAACAAGCAGUUUAUUACUGCAAGAAGUGCACUUACCGCGACCCGCUGUACGAAAUAGUCCGAAAGCACAUUUACAGGGAACAUUUUCAGCAUGUUGCUGCUCCUUACGUGGCCAAGGGAGGUGAGAAGUCCCUCAAUGGGGCCGUUCCCCUCAGCGCCGGCGCCCGCGAGGACGGAGGGAUCCACUGCAAGCGAUGCCUCUUCAUGCCGAAAUCCUACGAAGCUUUAGUGCAGCACGUGAUCGAAGACCACGAGCGCAUCGGAUACCAGGUCACGGCGAUGAUAGGUCACACUAACGUAGUGGUUCCCAGAUCAAAACCUUUGAUGCUCAUAGCUCCCAAACCCCAGGACAAAAAGCCCAUGGGCCUCCCCCAGAGGAUGGGUGCCCUCUCCGGAAGCGUCCGCUCCCUUUCGUCCCAGCAGAUGAUGAACAGACUCACUAUACCAAAGCCUACGUUAAAUUCCGCGGGAGUCAACAUGAUGUCAAACGUUCACCUACAGCAGAACAAUUACGGGGUCAAGUCGGUGCCCCCGAGUUACGUCGGUCAGCCUGGGGGGAGGCUCAGCCUCAGUGGAAACUCGGCCGUUUCUCUUUCCCAGCAGACACAAAGCCUGAAGCAGUUUUCAGCCAGCGGGAACGGGAGGCCUUACACUCUGGGCGAGCAGAGGUCCCAGAGCUCGGCGCGGUACUCGCUGCAGUCUGCCAACUCCUCCUCGCUCUCGGCGGCGCAGCUCAAACAGACGUCGUUGUCGCAGUCGUCGUCGAGAGCUUUGGGUCAGUCUGGCUCCAAGUCUUCUGUGGCUGCCCCAGGUCCUUCUGCCAUCCACACGUCGUCCACGCAGAAGUGGAAAAUCUGUACCAUCUGCAACGAGCUGUUCCCUGAAAACGUGUACGGCGUCCACUUCGAAAAGGAGCACAAGGCCGAGAAGGUGCCUGCAGUAGCCAACUACAUCAUGAAAAUCCACAACUUCACUAGCAAACACGGGCUGUCCUGCCCCUACUGCCGCUCCACCUUCAACGACGUGGAGAAGAUGGCCGCUCACAUGCGCAUGGUGCACGUGGACGAGGAGAUGGGGCCUAAGACAGACUCCACGCUGACCUUCGACCUGACGCUGCAGCAGGGCAGUCACACCAACAUCCACCUCCCCGUCCCCCCGGCCCGCGCCCCCGCGGAGUCCGUGGCUUACCACGCCCAGACCACCGCCCCGGUCCCGCCAAAGCCGCAGCCCAAACUGCAGGAGAAGGCCGACGCGCCCGUCAAGAGCUCCCCGCAAGCAGCAGUGCCCUACAAGAAGGACGUGGGGAAAACUCUGUGUCCUUUGUGCUUCUCCAUCCUCAAGGGCCCCAUCUCGGACGCGCUGGCUCAUCACCUGCGCGAGAGGCACCAGGUGAUACAGACGGUUCACCCGGUGGAGAAGAAGUUGACCUAC